AUGAGAUGCCUCGGUAUUGCAGAAGCUCUUUAUGACUACGCGGCGCAAGCCGAUGACGAACUCACGAUAGCCGAAGGCGACAAACUGUAUUUGGAUGAGCUAGUAGAUGAGGCAUGGUACAAAGCCCGGCCACGCAGUGGCGACCGUCAAGGACAAGGCCUUGUGCCUGCGAACUAUGUGGAAAUUUGUGCGCCAGAGCAGGUCGUUGUCGCCUUAUAUGACUAUGAAGCACAAGGAGAUGAUGAGCUCACUUUCACAGAAGGUCAGGUGCUAGAUGUUUUGGAGCGAGAUGGGGAGUGGCUUUUAGCUCGUAAGCAAAGCACACCCGAGGUUGGUCUUAUCCCCUCCAACUAUGUGGAAAUGCAAGGGGAUGGCCAGGCAGAUGAGGGAGCAGCAGCAUUGACCGCGAGCUCUGUCGAUCCGAAUGCUGGGUCGACGGCGGCAGAGCCGAAGCCUGAACCAGAGCCCGAACUCGAGCCCGAACCGGAACGUCUACCAGCAUCGACAACCACAUCUAGCCCGUCGGCUGCUGCUGCUGCUACUACUACUACUACUACUACUACUACUACUACGGCGGCUUCGGCGGCGCCUGCUAACGCCACUAGCGAGUCGCAGCCCAAGCGUACUCGCACGGUCGCUCCCCCACCACCAUUUCCCACUUCUGCGCCAUCUGCGCCGUCUGCACCGGCUGUGACUGCAGCUUCAGCGUCUGCGCCCGCGCCAGCAGCAAGUGUACCACUUCCGUCAGAGAUUGUGCCGCAAGUCACAGGCAUCGAUGAUGAGAUGGACGAGACAGAUGGGCAAACAUCGACCGUGGCGCCUCGUGCCGUUCCAGCUUCAUGGACAUCAUCAGACUCAUCGAAGGACGAGAUCCAAAUGUGGUCCGUCACAGAAGUGGAUCCCAAGAAGCGCAAGCGUAAGAAUAAAGGCACACUAGGCGUGGGAAACGCGUGCAUGUUUUUUGCAACAGAUGCAGAUGGCGCAGCUGUGCCGCGUGUCGACAUUCGACACGUCAAAAGCACGACGCUCGAGAAAAACAAAUACUUGCUCGUCACGCUGGACCCGGCAGCCAACAUAGACGGCGAUACUUGGGCUUUUCAUGUUGGCUCACGCACGGCGUAUCAGGCGAUUUCUGCUCGCAUUGGCGAGUCCAAGUCACUCGCUAUGUCGUCAUCAACUGCCUCCUCAGCACGGAAUCAGCCAUCCUCUUCUGUGUCGCGGAUGCCGACAGCGACAACAGCUGGCAGCGUUUCGUCAUCCGCGGCCGUUGCUUCUCCUAGACCGGCACAGGAAAUGGUUGUGGUUUUGUACGACUUUGAUGCGCAGGCCGACGACGAGUUAAGUGUGUCGGAACACGACCAGCUGGUGCUCGUUGAGCGUGAAAACCACGAGUGGUGGAAGCUGCAAAAUGCGAGUGGGCAAGUUGGCGUCGUACCUGCUGCCUAUGUCCAAUUGCUUCAAGAACACAAUACACCCGACAUGCGUGCGCUGAACGAAAAGUACUCCACGAUGCGUGACCCACGGCGCUCAGCCCCCCGGCUGCCGGUUGAUCGACGUGAUCGUGCACACGAUCAACGAGGUAUGCCUGAUCCCCGCGCGACACAAGCACCACUGCAAGCUCUGCCACCUGCGCACUCAGCCGGGCGCAUGCGCACAUGGGUCGACGCAACGGGCAAGUUCCGUGUGGAUGCUGAGCUGAUUGGCGUGCGCAGGGAAAGCGUUCGUCUGCUGAAAGGGAAUGGUGCGCUGAUCGAUGUGCCGCUCGCCAAGAUGUCUCUCCCAGACCUGCGCUUCCUCGAAGGGAUCACGGGACGCGAUCUUGUGAGUCCGCCGCCGGCACGAGCAAGUGGUGGACAUGAUCCCCACGACGCCCUGCGACACGAGCGGCAUGUGCAUCACCGGGCACACGAACGUGAGCGGGAACGCGAACGCGAAGCCCGGCGCCUUUUGCAGCACCAGUACCGACCCGAUAUUGACUGGUUCGAGUUCUUCUUGGAGGCGGGUGUAGAUAUGAAUUACUGUUCCCGCUACGCCGAUACAUUUGAGCGCGAUCACAUGGACAGGUCUGUGCUCACGGAACUCGAGCCCGAUACCUUGCGCAGGCUCGGACUACGAGAAGGCGACAUAUUGCGGGUGCGGCGCCACAUCCAUCAAAAGUACGCAAACAAGACAACGUCCCAGAGUAUGUCGGCGCGGUCCUCGAGCGGUGCGCCGGUGUCCGAAGAGGAUCAAACAAGGCAAGCCAGGGAAGAUGAGGCACUUGCUCGUCGCUUGCAAGCGCAAGAAAUCGCUGCUCAACGCCGCGCAGCCCCACGGCAGCCACGCUCAAAGGAUACAGAUUCCCAGCAGUCGCCACAACCCCUCCCACCUCGCGCAUCUGAAGACAAACAGUCGUCUGAUGCAGCAACGAUCGCUUCUACAAAGGACACUUCAGCCGCACCUUUGCAGCCAGCCCAGACCGGUGUGGAUCCCGAGACAAUUGCGGCGGCCGUGGAAAUCAUUCGCCGCCGCGAGCGUGAAGAGGCGGAGGAACGCGAGAAGGCAGCUAAGAAAGACGAACGUCCGGCCGACCCGAACUCAGCAUUAUUUGAUCAGCUCGAACGUCUCAAACCGAACGCUAAACCAACAACAGCUUCGGCCCCGUCGCCAAGUACGCCUGAUCCAAAUGCGCCUCGGGCCCCGUUCGCGCCUGUACCUGUGAAUCAAAGUCUUCUGCAACCGCUCAUUCCUUUGCAAGGUACUGGGAACUAUGUGCCCACGGGCGGUUUUGCAUCGCAGCCUACAGGUAUGAUGGCGCCGCAAAUGACAUCUCCUUUCAGCAUGAGCUCGCAACCGACUGGGAUGUAUGGCGUGCCGCAGCCAAUGCUGUUUGGUGCCACUGGCACUGCGCCAAUACCGUCCUCGAUGCAGCCGCCCCAGCCGACGAUAGGCGCAGCCACAGAAGACACGACCGGCCCAAUAAAGCAACAAGAUCGGUUCAGUGCCGCAAAUGUGUUUGAGCAAAUGAAAACUGGGACAGGCGCUUUUGCCAGUGACAACAAGCCUCCUUCUGCGCCGCAAAGUAGUAGCAGGUACGAUGCUCUCCGCGCGCAACCAACAGGUUUUGCACCUGGCGGCAUCGUAGAUCCUUCCCCGUUCGGUGGUGGAAUGAUGAUGUCCCAAGGGAUGCCAUCAAAUAUGAUGAACAUGCAACCCAUUAGCAGCAUGCCGACGGGCGGUGGAAUGAUGAUGGGAAUGACGGGUCCUGGGCCAAGUCAACAACAAUCAGCUGCAUUUAUGCCUAUGCAUGGCUUCUAUCCUUCAUAG